AUGCCCCCGCGACGAAGAAAGCCACCUCGCGCAGGCGCCCUUACUGAACUCCCACCUCUGAAGAUCAUCCGCUCCAUUCUCCUGCUUCAGCUCUCCUAUUACGCGACUGCGUUCGUCUUGAUAUUAUUUAUGACUCUUGUCCUCGGCCAGAAGUUUUCAUUGGCGUUGAUCUUCGAUUGGAAUAGCGUAAGAGGUGACAACACGAUCGGCUGGACCAUCGGGUUUCUAUGGGUGGUUGAUGGCUUCAUAACAGUAAUUCCAAUACUCCUCCUGGUCUCCAGAUCCAAACUCGUCCCGGAUUUCGCCUUGACCAUCCAUUUCCUACAUCUUCUUGUUACGUCUCUCUACACCAGAACCGUCCCUACGAAUCUGCUCUGGUGGGGCCUUGAAGCAGCUAGCGCGACUCUUACUAUAAGCCUGGGUGUGUGGGCUUGUCGAUAUCGCGAGCUGCAGCCUAUAUCAUUCGGCACGGUCCCGAGAAAAGCAACCCAAACCACAACCAAUGGGCCUCUGGAGGCUGAUGAUCAUGUCCGUAACGGCCAAGGACGGGGCAGAAAUAUCGACGCUGGGCCGAGCUAUGAGAUGGUGAAUGUAACGAGGGCGGAUGAAAAUGUAUAA